AUGGACGUCACCAAGAGCAACUUCGAAAAGGCGGUCACCGCCAUUGAGGCCGUCCUCCCCGCCGCCGACUUCGUCUCCGUCGACCUCGAGUUCACCGGCCUCAGCACCACCAUCACCAACGACUACCUGGACACCUACGAGCAGGUGUACGCGAAGAGCCGCGCCAAUGUGGUCCAGUUUCAGAUCAUCCAAAUUGGCCUGUCGAUCUUCAAGGCGGUGAAGAAGGAAGUAGGCGCGGCAGAAGAAGAGGAGGACCGGCUGAAGAGGUGCGAAGAGUUCGACUGCCACUCCUUCAACUUCUACAUCUUCCCGCGACCGUGUCGGGCGCUGGAGCGCCAGGAGAAGGAGCGCUUCUUCCUCUCGCAGGCCUCCUCGCUCGCUUUCCUGGCCGAGCACGGCUUCGACUUUAACCGCCUCAUAGCGGAGGGCGUCAGCUACCUGAACCUCGCCCAGGCGAAGGCGGUCAAGGAGCGCCUGAGGAGUGAGGAGAAGAAGGGCGGCGGGGGCGUUCCCGGGGCGGCCAGCACACGCACCGACCGCGUCACCAUCACCCGAGAGGAGGACAAGGAGUUCGUGGCGGAGGUGAUGCGCCAGAUUGCCGAGUUUGCCGCCGACAGUGCGCGGACAGAGCUGGCCCUCCCCCUGGCCAAUCCCUUUCGCCGGCGGCUAAUGUACGAGGCGCUCGCCGACUCGCCCUUCGCCGACUCCAUCGAACUGGCGAACAUCAGCGCCGAUCGCAUGAAGCUAACUGCUUUGCGCAGCUCCCCGGAACUGAAAGCGGAACGGGAGCGCCGCGACGAGCUCGACAUGGUCGGCUUCAGCGAGGUAGUGCGCCUGUUGAUGAAGCACCAGAAACCGCUCGUUGGCCACAACAUCUACCUCGACCUGCUCUUCCUCUACAACACCUUCCUCGAGCCGCUGCCGGAGAGCUACGCCGACUUCAAGAUCUUCCUCCACUCGAUCUUCCCCACCGUCUACGAUACGCGCUUCCUCUCGGCGCACAACAUCAUCGGAGCGCUGGUGGGCGCCAAUUCGCUGGGCAACCUCUACGCCGCCGUCCUCAAGUCGCCCUUCCUCCCCACCACCAUCCACCUCAGGAACGACCAGGGCGAGGCCACCAAGCGGAACCAGCACGAGGCCGGCUACGACUCCUACAUCACCGGCGUCGCCUUCAUCAACAUCGUCCGCUACCUGUGCGCCCAAGAGCUUCAGCAGUCCCACAUUCCCGAAAAUCUCUUCGACCCGGCCAACCCGCUCACCGCGCCCUACCGCAACCGCCCGAUGCCCGACCGCUCGCACGUCUUUCACAUCACCUUCCCCGCGGAGUGGCGAAGGGAGAACAUCAACGCCCUCUUCGGGGGCGCCGAGGUGGGCGGGCUGCAGGCGAUCACCUUCCUGGGCGACACCACCGCCUACGUCACCCUCAAGGAGCCGGGGGCGGCGAAGCGAGUGGUCGAGCAGUUUAUUCUCCGGCGGAGUAGCAGCAGCCUGGGGGCGCAGCUUUUUAAGAUUCAAACGUACGACGACCAUGUGGCGAAGACGACAGCUAGCGGCCAAGAGGCAAAGGGCAAAAAGACGAGGCUCAGCACUGGAGACGGCGCUCAGUCCAGUGCUGCUGCUACUGCCAAGUCCGCCCCGCCCACCAGUCCUCCACUGCAGAAGGUCAAGAAGAUCAGGACUGAGGAGAAAAAGGAGACGGGUGAUGAGAAGCUGAACGGUAGUACCACCACCACCACCACUGAAAACGGAACAACAGCCUCAGCAGCAGCAGCAGCAGCAGUGGUCAUUGAAACUGAUUUAGUAGCUAUUGAAAGUGCAUCAUCAUCAUCAACAACCGCCAACAACAACAACAGCUCUUUUAGCAGCAGCGGAAUUGUGCCGCUGUUGAAGGAGCGCCUGAAGAAGAAUACGGCAGCGACGACGACGAAAGCUAACAACAACAACAACAACAACCCGAAAAGCUCGACAAACAAGACCAUCACUACCUUGAAGGAAGAAAAGUCCCCUGAUGAUGAUGACGAUGCUGAUGUUGUUGAUCUCUUCAACGUUCCUGCCUGGGUAAAAAAUGACCUUUAG